AUGGAAUACGAUUCUAAGAACAUGAUCUUCCGCCGUCUUGGUCCUAGUGGGCUGCGUGUGCCGGUAUUCGCGCUCGGUGGAUGGUUGACUAUCGGAGGGACCGUCAAGGGCGACCCUGUCAAGGACAUAAUCAAAACAGCUUUCGAACAUGGAAUCAACAUGUUUGACACUGCUGAAGGGUACGAAGCCGGAAAGUCAGAAGAGGAAAUGGGACGCGUGUUCAAGGAAUUGGGAGUAGACCGUACAUCACUCGUCAUUUCAACUAAACUCUUCUGGGGACCAGGGAAAGGUCCUAACGCAGGUGGUCUCUCGCGUAAACACAUCAUCGAGGGCACCCAAGCAUGUCUCAAACGUCUUCAAAUGGACUACGUGGAUGUUAUCUUCUCACACCGUCCGGAUAGAUCGGUUCCCAUGGAAGAAACUGUACGCGCGUUCAACUACGUCAUCAACCAGGGCUGGGCGUUCUAUUGGGCAACAUCAGAAUGGACUGCGAGAGAGAUUGAGGAAGCGUAUCACGUCGCAGAUAAAUUGAACCUCAUACCUCCAAUUGCGGAACAAUGUCAGCAUCAUAUGUUCCACCGCAAACGUCCCGAGGGCGAAUACGCUCCGAUAUACGCCAAGUAUGGGAUCGGCACGACUGUAUUCUCGGCGCUCGCAGGUGGGCUACUUACAGGAAAGUACAAAGGUGGCAACAUCCCCGAAGGCUCACGCUUCGACACACACAAAGAUAUCUUCAAAGACACAAUUGACAACUGGACCAGCGAAGAAGGCCAAAAGACCUUCACAAAGAUAGACCAACUAACGGAAAUCGCUGAGAAAGAACUAAAUUGCAAACUAUCCCACCUCGCACUCGCCUGGAUCGCUAAACAGCCUAAUACAAGCACGGUCAUCCUGGGGGCUACGCGUCCCGAGCAAGUCGUUGAUAACCUUAAAGCGCUGGAUGUCUUACCCAAAUUGACACCUGACGUUUUGGAACGUAUCGAGAAGAUAUUGGAGAAUAAGCCUGCGCCGGAGUCGAUGUAUGGAAGACCGCCUUUGGAUACGACGUUUAGAUCCAUGUAUUGA